AUGAUGGAUUCCCCACGUCGAAGUCGAAACCGUGCUGCCUGCCGGCGCUGUCAACGACGGAAAAUCCGAUGCGAUGGCGAGGUCCCUAAAUGCACCUCGUGCAAGAAGGCGAAUACACCAUGCGUCAAUGACGGCAAGCAAGAAGUAAACCGCACAUACAUAGCAAGCCUGCAGAAACGCAUGCAAUGGCUCGAGUCAAAGAUUCGCGAACAAGGAACCAAUGUCGACGAUGGCGCACCCUUAGAUAUCAUGGAUACUUCACAAGGUGACUCCACUAUCCUUGAUGAUGAAGCAACUGAGUCUGCUGCUGGUGCUGCUGGUGCUGCUGGUACUGCUGGUACUGCUGGCGCCGCUACCUCUGGCUCGCGCCAUUCAUCUACCCCUGUUCAACAAAGACAGCGUCGGCCUCUUGUCGACUCGCAAAAUUCUCGAGCGCAGUCAAAGCAGGCUCACGAGAUCGGUCUAGUCUCGCUUUCUUCUGGAGGCGAGCCGAGAUAUCUUGGCCCCUCGAGCGGUUAUUUCCUGGCAAACUUGGUCUUCUCCAACACCGGUCGAAGAGCAAGACUAGCAGGCAAUCGAGGCAAUGAAGAUGAGCCCAUAUCACUGUCUUCUGAGCUAUUCAAUCAUCCCGCCUGUCUACCAACUCGCAAAGAAGAUGCAGUCGAGCUUUCUUCGAAAUACUUUGCAUCCGUUCAUCUCAUGUAUCCUUUUCUACAUGAGCCAUCUUACAUGCAGCAGAUGAACAAAUUAUACAUGGAUGGGGAAGCCAACACAAAUCCAGCGGUCAUCUUUCAUGUAUUUAUGGUGUUGGCUAUAGCAGCUUCGGAUCUCUCCCGGCGCUUCAAAAUUCGCCUACCCGCUGAAAGUUACUACACCGCAGCCACGCGGUACUUUGAGGGUGCCUGUGUCGAGGGCUCUCUGGAGGGGCUACAAAGUCUCCUUCUUCUCAUGGUCUAUGCUCUUCACAAUCCUUCGUGUGGGGUUAAUGUAUGGAGCUUAAAUUAUCAGUGUCUGGGAGCGCUUAUCGACCUUGGUCUUCAACGCGAUGUGCGUACAUCCUCGGCAUUUCCAAUAUCUUUCCUAGAGCAGGAGAUGAGAACUCGGGUUUUCUGGGUGGUCUAUAGCUUUGAUCGGACGUUGGGCACUAUGAUGGGCCGACCCAUUGGUGUCCGAGACGAAGCUUGCGAGCUUCGGCUUCCGUCCAAUGUCGCCGAUAUAUAUCUCACGGAAGUCGCAGCAGAUAUAGUGGAUGGCUCGCCGUCGCAUAUGACAUACUCGAUUCACCUAUUCAGACUGGCACGGGUGAAUUCCGAAAUCAAAUAUGUCUUGCACAGCAUCUGCAGGGAUCCUCCCCAUUAUGCUUAUCCCCCAGUCAUUGACAUUCAUCAAUGGCAAAAAGAGAUGAUAGACCAGCUUCAAACAUGGCUAUCGGAGAUCCCUCAUGUCCCUGGAAUGGAGUCGAUUGCCAAGAUUUACCCCUCAGACGAAAUACUCGCACAAUGUUUCCAGCAUGCCGUGGAUCUACUCCGGGGCUUCGGAGAGCUAUAUCACCAGGAGUCACUUUUAUACAGUAGAUUAAUCGUGCACUCCAUUCUCUUGGCGACAUUAAUAAUGCUGCACUGUCUAUGGAGGCUACCGGAUGUUGCAUCACAUAUUCAAAUCGACGCCCUGGUAGCGGAUACCAGCAUCAGUUCGAACAUCCUCAGCAGCAUUGGCGAGUACUGGAUCGAAGCCAAGCGAGCAAGAGAUUGUAUUCAUGACCUUUCGGUCGCUACGAUACAACGCUUGAUCAAAGCGCGAGGGCUGGACUCUUCCAUUUCACUGGCGACACCACGACCGGGUACUUUCAGCGGGAGAAAUCUGCGAUCACAACAAGCGAAUGAAAAUGUAACAACGCCCGAUCGAGUCGAUUCCGCAAUCGAGAUUGCCCCAACCAUGCUUGACGAUAAUUUUUUCAAUUUGGAUACAUCAACCUGGCUGAAUGAUAUCAUGCCAGAUGGAUUUAUGGAUCUUACGGGCGCGCCGGACUGGGAUAGCAUACUCUGGGGGGGUGACAUUCCCAACCUUUCAAUCCUGCGAGCAUCAUUAGAUGGGGAAGUGCAUUACAAGUGGACGGACGUACCCACUAUCGGGGAGAACUCCGCCUCAACGGGAAACAUCCGCAUUGCCCCAACAUUCUCCACAUAUAAAACCAAUCUCAACUACAUCACAAACUCCACGGUUUCAAGAAUCAAACUCGCUAUCAGCUCCUUGAUCAUGAGCAACAUCAAAAUGGCAGAAGUCGAUCAAAAACAGCAAAUGCACCGGAUCAAUCACACAGACUUGGAGGAAUUCGUCCGCCAAAUCCUCAUCGCCAACGGUACACCCUCGCAAAACGCAUCAAUCGUCUCGAAAUGUCUAGUCUCCGCUGACCUCCGCGGCGUUGACACGCAUGGCAGCAACCGUAUUCCUUCAUAUAUGGAGCGCAUCCGGCAGAAAUGUCUAGAUCCCUCUGCCACGCCAAGUCUCCGUCAAAUCACCCCCGUCGUAGCCCAAGUAGACGGGCACAACGGAUGGGGAUUUGUUGCCGCGCACAAGGCAAUGAGUCAUGCUAUUGAAAUGGCCCAGGAGUUUGGUAUGGGCAUGGUCUCCGUCAAGCAUUCUAACCACUUCGGGAUGUCAGCCUGGUUGCGCUUCCGGCCUGGGGAGGGGAAGGAGAAAUUGAUGGGUGUUUCACCUAUUGCGUGCGGUGCGCCAUCGGGGAAUGAAAGUCGGUCUUUUAUUCUUGAUAUGGCGCCGUCUGUUGCGGCGCGGGGGAAGAUUUACAAGGCGCUCCGGAGAGGAGAGAAAAUCCCGAUGGAUUGGGCUUUGGAUGGCGAGGGGAAAAGUACGGAUGAUCCGGCGAAGGCGUUGCAGGGGGUUAUGUUGCCUAUGGGGGGGACCGAAGGGGUCGGCAUUGUCGAUCAUGAUGGAUGUGUUUUCCGGGGACAUUUCCUCGUGGCCAUUAAGCCGGAUUUGUUCAUGACUAUGGAUGAGUUCAAGGGCCGCAUGGAUUAUCUUUACAAGCGGGUUACGGAGUCUGAGAAGGCUGAUGGGGUGGAGCAGAUCUUCUUCCCUGGGGAGAUCGAACAGAUCAUGGAAGAGCAAAGACUUACAACGGGUAUUCCUUUGGCUGAGGCUGAGAUUGCGGGUUUGAAUAAGGAGGCUGAUUUAGUGGAUGUAGAGCACCUCAAGAUACAAUCUGCAUUAAUUUGA